GCAAGCGCAAGUAAACAGUGCGCAAGCGCAAGUAAACAGUGCGCAAGUGCAGGUAGACAUGGCCGUGGAGGACUUGCGAAAGGCCAAACAAAAAGGAGAUGAGCAGAAGGUGCAAAAGGCGAAGGAGGAAGUGAAAGAUGCGAAGGAGGAAGUGAAAGAUGCGGAGGAGAAAGUGAAGGAGGCGAAGAAGGAGGUGGAGGAGGCGAAGGAGGAAGUGAAAGAUGCGGAGGAGAAGGUGGAAAAGGCAAAGACGGAGGCGAAAAAGGCGGAGGAGAAGCUGGAGGAGAAAGCCCAGCAGGAGAAGGCUAUUCGCUGCACAGCUUCAGUGUUGUCACAGUUCUCCCGAAAGAUGCACAAAAAGAUGGAAGCUACUUCACAUAUCUUCACAUUCUACGGUUCGAACUCAGUUCUGUUUCUUCAGUGAACCCUCAGUAUGCCUCCCAAAGAUGAAUGAAUCCCAAAUCACCUUACUGGAGAUGUUCUGCUCCAGGUGCCAGGCUUGGAGAAGGCAAAAGAGGAAUCCUUACCCUUACUUGAAAAGUUUGCCGGAGAGUUGGAUGAUCUUGAAGAGCGCUUCUUGAACAGCCGCAUCAACAACAUAGAAGACAGGCCUUUCUUGGAGAGGGAUGGAGCGAUUCAAAGCAUCGUGGCAGAGAUGAAGAAGACGCAGCGGCUGAAAAUUAACAAACCAAGAGUCGUUUGUUUGUGGAGCCCUCGAGGGACGGGAAAGAGCUCAGUCAUUCGACGCCUGGCCAAGAUGGAUGAAUAUGCAGAAAGCCGUCGAUGUGGACGCCUUCUGGUGUUUGACGCACAACAGAUGAAUGACCUUCAAGAGACGAAAUGUUCUACGCUUGUCUCUGCCAUGGUCCUGUGGCACCUUCUGCAGCUGCUUGACGGUUACGGCGUCAAAUUGGCAGGGCAGGUGGUCAACUUCAACCGCAUGAAGUUCACCGAUGUGGUUGAACUCGUAAAACGUAGUUCAACACCUUUAACUGGUCGUUUAAGCAGCUUUGAGGCUUGGGUUAGGUCAUCUUGCAAGAUGGAGCGCGAUGUUUUCAAGCAGUGGUGUUUGGUAACGGCUGCAGCCUUCAACGCUCAACAGGACUGUGCUUGCUUGGUGUUGUUGGAUCAGACUGAGCUCCUUGUCAAACAAAGGCUGGGUCAGCCAAGCUCCUUUGGCGGAAGCAGAUCAAGGUUCACCGAAGUGUGUAGCCAGUUUCCUCAGCAGAUGGCUGUUUAUUGCACAGGCACCGUCAAUAUACAGCUUGACUUACCCGCAGCGGAGUACACACGUCUCUAUAUUAUGUCUUUACCAGCUCUUCGGCCAUUAUCUUUUGAAGGUGCCAAAGAAGCCAUGGUACAGUGGGGAGGGACACAAUACGGCGAGGAGGUGCUUGAUCAAAUAUAUCUUUUCUCUGCUGGGGUCCCACGACUUCUGGAAUAUGUGUUUCAAACAGAUGGUGAAUUAAGAUCAACUUUUGAGAUUGCAUUCAAUGCCAUGUCCGAAUGUUUUGAAAGUUCCUAUCGAUCUGCAGCGCCUUUCUUUGAUCAACCAAAUGCGGCAUUGUCGCUGGUUCUUUGCUCAGCAGUUCGUUGGAACGCAACCGACAGUGAGCUUGUGCCGGGCACAUCGAAAAGGUGGCUAGAUAUUUUCAACGCGGGAGCCGCAUUUCCAAAUGGCGCUUCUGUGUUGGUUCCGCUCGUUUGGUGGUUUCGUGAUCAGAAAAGACGGAAACUGCUGGCUCAAAAGGCCCGAGAGUUGAACAUCAGCCUCGAAGGUCUCUUGCCAGAUCCUGCCGAUUUGCUUCAGGCUCCACAACAAGGCCCGCUUUCCCGAGGGACACUGUGGGAAGAGCAGGUUUGCAAUGCUUUGGCCGCCCGUUUUUAUUUGUAUUGCCUGGCAGAUCAAAAAACUCCAUGCGACACCUACAUACCUUUUCUAGAUAUCUAUCCUACGACAGACGACCAUUUACGCAGUGUAUUGGAACAAUUCAGUGUUUGCUGGAGUGACGGGGUCGAGUAUCCAAAGAAGGAAGCAAGUGUCCUUGACAGGGUCGGGAAGGCCAUCAAAUGCAACAAGAAUUUCAAGAGUGCUCACCAUGACUUGCUGAUCCCUGUGAAGCGAAUUGAAACAGGACAGCUGGAGUACAUAGCCGCACAGUGCCGUUGCGGAAGUCCCAAAACUGCAGCAGAGUUGACUACAACAUACCAGGACAAAACCAGAAAACCCAGGACCAGUGACCCGAGCUCGGAGGUUCCUGACAUGACGAAUGUACUGUUGCAAAUUUGUUCCACAAGUGAAGGGACGCAGAAGUUCCAGAAAGCUACACCCUGGGCAAAGCGGCAAGAGGAGAAGAGAUAUUCACUGAUGAGCUGUAAAGCUAUCAUUGCGCAGCUUCACAUGCUCCGCAUCUUGUGAUACAACGGCGACGGAGCCGCAUGUGGACAACCGAAUCAUGUAGCUAUGGCUUUAGCGUGGCAUGGCCAAAGUUGCCUCUUUAGUGAAGAUGCUGAGGCAUUUUGGAAAGCUUUGCUGCCUACCGACCGGAUUUUAAGUUGCCUACCGAUGAAUUUCUAUUUGUGACACCGAUGAUCAUGCAAACCUUGAUCCGGAGUAGCUGAAUGGCAGCUUAUUCUGCUCAAACCCCAUGCGCGCUCGAAUUCUUCAGGAGUGGCAAUGUGGUGGCGUACCAAUCGUAUCCUUACGUGUCAUCGAAAGGUGGAAGGGCAAGGCCAGUCUGUCUCCAUACCUUUCGUGAAUACAAACAAGAGACCACUUGCACCACAUAGUUUUUGCGAGCACGAGACACCAAUUUGCUCAGCCAAAGCCAAGAGAGUCAGCGUCGAUUGCAACAAGAUUUUGGGCAGCUCAAGAUGGAGAGAGAUCCCGUUUUUCCCAAAAGCAUCCGAUGCUUGGGUUCUCGUUUAGUUUGAGUUUCGGGGGCGGAGCGACGGUCGAUGGUAAAAAGGUUG